ACUUUCUUGUUUAACUGUUUGCUUUCUUCCGCCGUCGGAAAUGUCGACUCCAGAUCCCAACUCCUCCGCAUCCGCAACGGCGACUCCGCCUCUCGUCACCGCAUCCGAAACUCCGGCUCCACCUGCAAACAAUCUCAGACCAACCCCGUCUCAGCCACCUCACGCUCCUCCGCCGCCGUCUCUGCCUUACAGAGCCAUAGCUCCGGUUCAGCACGCUAAUCCGUUACAACAAACUCAUAACAACCUCCCGAACCGGCGCCCUAAUUCGCCUCGCCAGCUUCAUCACCAUCACCAAGAUCCGUCGACGGUUCUUUACCCGUUUGCUGCUCAUCCUCCUCCGGGUCGAGGAGGGUUUUCGGUCCGACCCGUCCGGAUGAGCUCGCCGUUAGUCGCCGGUGCCGUUCCUCCUUCCGUGACGGUUGCGGGGGGUAAUCAGAGCGGUUACCCGGGUUUGCCUUACAACCACCGGCUAGCGGAAUCCAUGAUGCAGUUAAUGAGGGCGAGGAAUCCUCAGAUUCAGCAUCAGGUUACUCGUCCCGGGUCGGGUUCUCCUGUCGGGUCGGGUCCCAUGAGAGGAGUUCCUCAAUUUCUCCAACCGCGGGUUGCUCCUCCCCCAACUUCAAUUCUAGACACUGGCAGGAAUAAAAACGCCAGAAGGCGGGAUGCGCUUGUCCUUGUUAGAGGGAGAAAGGUUAGAAUCACUGAUGAAGCUUCUCUAUAUUCACUUAGCCGAUCGUGGUUGAGAAAUGGUGCCCAUGAAGGAAUGCAGUCGCAAAGGAGCGAUACAAUGAAAGCGUUACCAAAACCAUUACCUCUGGAUGUGAUGGAAGCAGCUGUGCCGAAUGAUCCAGCUGAAAAACCAACUGAUGAAGAUAAAGAGGACGAGGAAUCUGUGAAGGACUUAACAGAGAAGGAUCUUUUGCAAGGACACAUCGAGAGAGCUAAGAAGGUCCGUGCACGAUUAAGAGAAGAACGGUCGAGGAAGAUUGCGAGGUACAAAGGAAGAUUGGCUCUUCUCCUGCCACAAUCCGGAGAGCAGUGCAUGAAGAACGAUUAAAAGCUUUGUUAGGACUUGCUUGAGGCUUUACAUGACUGUUUGUUAAUUUUAGCAUAACACCACGUACCUUACGUGUAGGAAGGUGUGUUCUUCUUUCUCUCAUACAGCGUUAGUAGAGCUUCCAUAUGUUCUUUAAAUAAGGACAUCUUUUUUUAUCUGCAUUCUCUUAUAAAUUCAAACCAUAUUUGGUUGUAUCUUUUACUACAUUUGGUCAUUUACAAUUUCUUCUUUA